GGCCCCUCACCUGCUGCGAGGCGCGCGCCCGGAUGAGAGGAUGUGCGCGUUCUCGUCAGCGGCCAUGCUGCCCCGGUCACAGCGCGGCGCGCCCAGCACCUGCACGGAGCGAGCAUCCAUCCUCCAGUGGGACUUACACAGGCUGUGUGCUGAAGUGUGGUGCUCGUGUUAGUGUAUUUAACUUUCUUUUAAGUGCGGUGUCGGAUUUUGGAUUUUUAUGCCACAAUCCUCGGACUGAAAUCGAUUACACUGAAUCUGGAUUAUUCCCGGUCAUAGCGGCGGCGCUUACCGGCUGACUGCAGUGUUUUAUUGUAGUGUGAGCUGUUCAUGGAAGAAUCUAUUAGAGGAAGAAGAGGUGCAGUACGUGUAUUACGCUUUUGUGCCGAGUGUAGAAGUAAAUGAUGCUCGCGUGCCGCACGCCGCCCCUCUCUCAGAGGGGGUCACCCCGCCGUUUGAGCGCGCCCCGGCAGGCGUGAGGGAUCAGCGCGUCGUGUAGACCCGGGAGCCGGUGACAAAAAGCGCAUCGGGCUCCCUCUGCAGCACAUAAAUAACCAGAACGUGUCAUAUAAGGUAAAAAAUGGCUCUGAACAGAAGCAUCGAGCUGGAGCACUUUGACGAACGGGACAAGGCUCGGCGCUCGACGCGCGCCACCGGCUCCGGUUCUCAGUCCGGGUCCCGGGCGAGCAGCCUGGUGCCCAGCCCCGCUCAGAGCGCCAACUGCAGCUUCUACCGGACCCGCACUCUCCGCGCGCUCAGCUCCGAGAAGCGGGCGCGCAAGGUACGCUUUUACCGCAACGGGGACCGCUACUUCAAAGGGCUCGUCUACGCCGUGUCCAACGACCGCUUCCGGUCUCUGGACGCGCUGCUGGCUGAGCUGACGCGCGCGCUCGCCGACAACCUGCACCUGCCGCAGGGCGUCCGCACCAUCUACACGGCGGACGGCAGCAAGAGGGUGACGAGCUUAGACGAGCUGGUGGAAGGUGAGAGCUACGUUUGUGCAUCUAAUGAGCCCUACAGGAAAGUGGACUACACUAAGAAUGUGAAUCCUAACUGGGGUUCUCGGCUGGCGGGGACAGGUGCAGUGGCCGUGGUGGGCCGUCCGGGUUCGAGCGGGGGCCAGCGGGCACCGGGGGAGGGAAAAGAGAGUAAAGACUUUAUCAAACCUAAGCUGGUGACAGUGAUCCGGAGUGGUGUGAAGCCACGCAAGGCUGUCAGAGUGCUGCUGAAUAAAAAGACGGCUCACUCUUUCGAGCAGGUGCUGGCUGAUAUUACAGAGGCCAUUAAGCUCGACUCUGGAGCCGUGAAGAAGCUGUACACACUAGACGGGAAGCAGCUGACAAGCCUGCAGGACUUUUUUGGUGAUGAUGACGUGUUUAUUGCAUGCGGUCUUGAGAAGUUCCGCUACGCUCAGGACGAUGCUGCAAUCGGACAUGCAGGGAAAGCCUCGGCCGCUGCAUUCGUUAAUGAGUGUAAGAUGAAAUCAUCAAAGUCGUCAGCUCCUAUUAAGUCCACUGUCCCAAGAAGCUCUGGCCUUUUCAGGUCAAAAUCACCUUUGUCAGCCAAUGAGGCGCCGAGAAGUCAGAGCCCAACUGCGAGGUCAUCAAAAUCCCCAACGAGCCCAGCAAGUCCACGCAGCCAGAAGAUCUCUUCCCGUCAUGUAUCUCCCUCCCCUCCCCCCUCUGGAGAACUGAAUGGAGAAGAGGACUUGAGCCCAGAAGUAAAUGGAAAUAAGCCGCAGUCCUCCAUCAUCACCGAUAAGUACGAGGUGGGGAAAGUCAUCGGAGACGGAAACUUUGCAGUGGUCAAAGAGUGUGUGGAGCGGGCCACCGGGCAGGAGUAUGCUCUGAAGAUCAUAGACAAGGCCAAAUGCAGUGGGAAGGAGCAUCUGAUAGCCAAUGAGGUAGCAAUAUUGCGCCGGGUUCGGCACCCCAGCAUCAUCCUGUUAAUUGAGGAGGUGGACACACCCACAGAGCUCUACUUGGUCAUGGAGCUUGUUAAGGGAGGAGAUUUGUUCGAUGCCAUCACCUCUUCCACAAAGUACACCGAGAGAGAUGCCAGUGCCAUGGUGUACAACCUGACCGGAGCUCUCAAAUAUCUGCACCGCAUGAGCAUAGUGCACAGAGACAUUAAACCAGAGAAUCUUCUGGUGUGUGAAUAUCCCGAUGGUACCAAGUCUCUGAAGUUGGGGGAUUUUGGUCUGGCCACCGUAGUGGAGGGGCCGCUUUAUACCGUCUGUGGAACACCCACUUACGUCGCACCUGAGAUUAUUGCAGAAACAGGGUAUGGUUUAAAGGUGGAUAUCUGGGCGGCUGGUGUGAUCACAUACAUCCUCCUGUGUGGUUUUCCUCCAUUCCGGAGUGAGAGGAACCAGCAGGAGGAGCUGUUUGAACAGAUCUUACGGGGCCGACUAGAGUUUCCCUCCCCUUACUGGGACAAUAUCAGUGCCAGCGCCAAGGAUCUGAUUGGUAAGAUGCUGCAGGUGAAUGUGAGUGCACGCUACACAGCAGAGGAGGUUUUGUCUCACCCAUGGGUCCUGGAUGACGCCAUGCUGGAGAACAAUAUGAUGUGCGAGACAUCGGAUGCAGUCAAAACUGAACAUACACCUGACAGCACUGCAACAGAAACACAGUUGGAUGAGCUGCGAGGUAAAGAGCAAAGCCCAAGGUAGACAGCAAGAGGACCAGCAGAAGAGAGGAACUUUUCACUCAACAAAACCCAAAGGAAUACUUUACCCAGAAAUUCUAACAUGGAUGACAGGAUCCUAAUUAGAGACAAGAAUAAUGCUGUCUCUAUAAGCGCCUACUAGCUUCUAUUUUAUAGCUAUGGGCUGUAUUCAGAGUUGAGUUAAAUGCGUGUAGUACCAUAAUACGGAAAUUGCGCACAUUGAUAUUCAGACGUAAGAUGUAACCACAGACUGAUGCGCUACUCAGACAGUUUUAUUCAUAUAUCAUUGUAUUGGUCUUGCUUUAAUGUUACAUCGUAUUACAUUUAACAGCAAAAUAGAAACACAAUGUCCUUCCUUCCUUCCAGUCCUUAUUCUAGCCUGUUUUUCAGGGGCUUCUGUUUAAAGGAGCAGUGGUCUAGAUGCUGUUGAAAAUCCCUGUCUUGGAUGUUUCUACUCAAGAAAAAUCUGGCAAUGUCAGAGGUGUGAACUACAUGCAGGUGAUUUUAAUAAUCAGAAUGAGCUGUCCUUAAGUAUGUGCAUAACCCAACUCUGAAUACAAGGAACUUUCCUUCUCACUGACUCUGACUAUGGCCCAAUGUGAGCAUUUCUGGGUGUAGUACACCUUUAAAGCUUGAUGCUCAGCUAAAUCUAAAUCCAUUGAGCUGUGAUUAAUUACACCAGACCAGCAAGACCUCUCUCUCUUGUUCUUCUUUCUCACGUUCUUCUGACCCUGUCGCAUUUUGUUCUGUCUAUUUCUCCCCUCAGCUGAACAAAUGCCUCCCCCCCCAUUUAUUGUACUGCUAUGACCUUUUUUUUUUGGAAGAGGUGAAUCAUAAGAGGACUGCAACAAAUUGCACAACAACAGUAUGGCAAAGACCAACACAAGACCAGAACCUGUAUUCUCCAAUCUCAUGCCUAUGAUGGCACCUGGUGUGUGAUAGCUCGCAGAUUCUCCAAACAAACCAGCAACCUCAUUUAUACUCCGCUGUGCCAUUCUUUGCCUAUCUCUCUUUUUUUCUGUAUAUACGGUGUCUCGAUGUGAAAAUCAUUGAUCCGAGUCAGUAGAUUAAUCCAUUUCAGUAUACUUAGAAUUAGGGCUGGGCAAUAUGACGAUAUAAUAUUGAUAUUGUGGUAAAUUAUAUCAUGAUACACCUUUCUGAGAUAUCCCAGGCAUUAAGCUAUUUUUUAUUUUUUUUUAUAACUUUUAUAAUUUUUAAUUUACAUUGGAAGCUGAUUUGAAUUUAAAAUGUGGUUCUGAAUCUUUAAAAUUGUAAAAUGUUAGAAUUUUAUUAUAUUUAAUUUAAAUUUAUUUGUAUAAAUGUAUGUAUUUUUUAUUAUUUGAAACAAUUUGACAUCAAAGUAUCAUCAUACUUUACAGUUUUUUUAUUAAUAUAUUGUGAUACAUAUGGUGUAUCACAGAAAUGUCUUCAAAUAUUGUGAUAUGAUAUGAUAUUAUAGUCAUAUCGCCCACCCCUCCUUAGAACUUUCAGCCACUCCUUCGACAUCUAAUAGACAUAUUAUUUCCUACAUAAAAAGCAUCUGAUUAUGUAUGCAGUAUGGGAGGAAACGGUUUGGCAGUUUGUGUCCUUUGGCAACCUGAUAUCAGGAAGUGUUCAAUUUUGCUUUAUGCCAAAAUAUGGCUGGCAUCCAACGGAUGAAAAGAACAGAAAUGCAGUAUUGUCGGUGUGUGUGUCCAUGAAUCAGCGCCUUGUAGUCUUUCUCAAAUGUAGUGAUCCAUUUUUUCAUCUAAAAGAGAAAAAUGGGAAUGCGAAUGACAUGGAAUGAUUGUCAUAUGUGUAAUAGUAUUAACUUUUGUACCAUGACUAUUUAGGCCAAGUGUUUCAUGUCUACACUGUAGGGUUGGUUAUCUCAUGUUUUACUUUGUACUGCAACAAUACAUCGUUAGUAGCUGGAAAAGGAUUGGUGUGUUUCUUGACUCCAUAGACCUUUUUUUUUUGUUUUAAGAUAGGACUGAUAAAAAUGCAAUAAUGACAUAAUGAUCUGACAGUGUAAAAGACACCAGAAACUCAAGUAGCUCAAUUUGUAAUGUCAGGUAUUUUCAAGCUCCUUUAUCUCUAUCUAUUCACCACUGAACACACCAAAUCAUCUACAAAACAUAGAUUUUAAAAAGGGUGUAAUUAAAUAUACUUAUACUACAGUUAUUCCUGAUUCUGACUGGUCAAAAUGUAUUGAUUAAUCUGUAUAUUAUCCUCCUUAGAUUAUGGCCCGCCAUAAAAGUAGCUGUGAAUUAUCCGAUACUAUAGAAACGAUAACAUAUUAGAAUGAGCACAUUAAUAUAAACCUGUGAUUUGAAUUACAGCCAAAACUACUAACAGAGCUACUGUUAUAGAAAAAUUAAUCAACACCUCUGACCAAACGAGAAUUCAACAGCGCUGUGGUAUAAAUGUGGCUAGUCUUUUGUGAGUGUGAGGAAUCAACAUCAUCCACCUGCAUCCUGACUCCAGUGCUGUGACCGCUCAGCUGGUUAAUCCUCAUCUGCUGACUACAUGGAGCUCAUAACGGUGAGCUGAAGAUGGCGUCAGCAUCAGGGUGUAGUGUACAGCGUGACAGAAGAGAGCCUGACACCGAGGUGACAGCACAUUGCAAAUAAGCCAUGACUGCAUAAGAAUACACAUUUAUAUUAAGUCUAAUAUUCUUUUCAUCUGUACACUUGGACUUGCAGAACCAGCAGCAGCCACAGGCAGUUCCAGCUAUGAUGUGCUAAUGAUAAUUUUACAUAAUUACAUUAUGUACAUUGCACAUUUUUAUACAUUCACCUGUUCUGACUUGAAGGUUCUGAUGAUUUCUUCUCCAUUUAAACUUGGUCUUGGACCUUCAUCCUACCUUCAACACACAGUAUUGACAUCAUAUCUGGUUUAACAUUUUCCUAGAUUUCUGCCACUAUGUCUUGCUAUGUUUUUUUUUUUUUUUUUUAAACUGUGCCCACAUUUGUUGCGAUCACUUUUGUGGCCUGAGUGUUUAGGUAAAGGCUGUCGAUUCUUGGCACUUUUACUAGGUGUUUUGGUGUGUUAACAAAAAUGGUGGUGUUUUGUAAUGCGAGUAAACCUGAAUCUGUGUCAAAGUUCUGUUUGGAAGAACAGGUUUAUUGUUUGUGGGAGUUUAAAAAUAGAGAUUGGAUCACUGUGUGCACAUUUGGUCACUAUGCAUGACCCAACAUGUAGUCAUGUGACCAGGUGGCCAUAAAUGAAGCUUGGGAGACAUGACUAACAAGGAAGCAUAUUAGAAGAGGUGGCAUUGCGCAACACGUUCCCUGCAUUCAUUUAUUCACCUUCAGUAAAUGCUUUAUCCUGGUUGGAGUCACUGCGGUUUAAAUUAUUUUUUAAAUAAUUUUUCUUAUUUUGAGAAACAGGACCAACUAUGUUCAUUACAUAAUAGCCUUUUUAACUUUACUUAGAAUGGGUAGAGGAACAUAAUUAUACGUGUAGAUGACCCAGUAUAGUGCCUUUUUUACUGGCUGUGUAUGCACUCAAUUUACACAAUCAUUAAUCUAACCCUAGCAGACAUACUGGGACAACAAAUCAACAUAUGAGAUGUCUAUUUAAAUCAACCAAAUAUUAAAUAUGUGUGGCAGGCUGGAAACAGCCAUUGGAUGUCAAACAAUCCUAAAAAUACAG